AUGGCGGACGUCGAAAUGGAUAGUCCCGCGGACGCGCCUCUUCUAGGGGAAAACGAGCGCCAACAUGAGCCGAUCCCUGGGGACGAUGAGGCUGUGCCUCGAGUCCUCAAGGCGGCUCGUUGGCAGGUAAAAACGCCAAAGGCGGCGGUGAGGAUGUUUGCCUUUUUGGAGUUUAUGAUUGUCUUCAGCGGCAUGCUGUUGAUGAUGCCCGUUUACCGCCUGAUCGAGGACACCGUCUGCCACGUCUCCUAUGGAGACGACUCGUUGGAUAUAAUUGACGAGAUGAAGUGCAAAACGGACGACGUCCAGGCUCGGAUGGCGUAUUUGCUCGGAUGGCUGGGGCUUUUCAACUCCAUUAUGAGCUUGCUCACCACAUUUCCCUUUGGCAUGCUCGCCGACAAGAUUGGCCGCAAGCCGACGGCGCUGCUUGCCUAUGGAGGCAUGAUCAUGGGGGCAAUCUCUGGUCCCCUAUUGCUUGGAGUUGGCCAAUAUGCCCUCCGCAAGAACCCUUACCUGCUAAUGAUCGGCUCGCUAUUUCUAUUGGUUGGCGGCGGAGUCCCAGUUACACUGGCCAUGCUCUUUGCCAUGGCUGCUGAUGUUAGUUCUGAGAAGGAGAAAGCUGCCAGCUUCCUGCAACUUACGUUUGGCGCCACGGCUGGUGGCCUCGCCGGCCCUCUCCUCACUGGAUUCUUGAUGGAGAAAUUCAGCCCCUGGGUGCCCGUGAUAGCUGCUUGCUCUAUUUUCCCUUUUAUCUUGGUACUUUUUUGCUUCAUCCCUGAGACGCUGCCGGUGGACAAAACGAAGAAGAUGGGCGACAACGACAUGUCUGUUACAGCCAUUAAGCAGCAAAUAGCCACGAGCUUGGCCGACCUGAGAGAAGCUCUGGCCUUGUUGAAGAACCCCAGCAUCCCUCUGGUACUCCUUACGUUCUUAUUCCAGGCUGCGCGAUUUACAGCGUAUACCAGCACGAUUGUUCAAUACGUUAGCACUUACUUUGGAUGGCGCCUCGCAGAGACCACCUUUCUUCUGUCUCCUUUUGGACUUCUCAACUUGACUGUGUUGGCGGUCCUCCCCAAGAUUUCCGAAAUUCUCAUGUCGCCCCGAUUCGGCUACAGUUCCUUCGGCAAGGAUCUGUUUCUGACCCGAUAUUCCACGGUGUUGCUCUUUGUCGGCGCAAUGAUUGAGGGUUUCAGCCGCAACAUUUACUUCUUCAUCAUGGGCCUCUUCGUCGAGACUUUCGGAGCAGCUGCCAGCCCGUUGGCCCGAGCUACUAUAACUCACUAUGUUGAGCCUGAAUUUGUCUCCAGGCUCUAUGCUCUGGUUAGCACGAGCGAAAUGAUUGGUUCCUUUAUCGCUGGCCCGGUGCUGGCAUGGUGCUUUGACCAGGGAUUACAGAAGAAGGGCAUUUGGAUUGGUUUGCCCUGGUUUUACAUUGCAUUGUUGUCAAUGAUUACUUGGAUUGCGCUCCUCUUUGUGCGGCCCCCGCCGGCGAAGAAGGUUCCCGCCGACGAAAAUGGGGAAGACGAGCCGAUGAAUCCUCAUGAAGACUAG